UUUAAUCGAGUGUUAAAUACAACAGCUUGUCACUAUGGUUAGUGGAUAAAAAUGAUUUUAGUGUUGUGUAACGUCAAAGUAAAAGUUUCGUUAAAAGAUGUUCGCCUUUAUUCGUACGAUCCUGUAUUUCCACCCACUCGUCAAGCGACAGGGUCAGACAUGGGCAAACUCACACAUUGAAACAUCUACUUGCACACAUUCUCUUCCUGCAAUAUUUACGUAAAUACGCACACGUUUGAAGUGAACUCACACAAGUACAAAAUAAUGUGCAUGUGCCUAGAGUUCUAGAGAGUAAAGAAUUGCUCGGGGAGAACAACAGGGAACAGCCUUGCAGCCAAGUUGGCUGUACAUUGUACAUGUGCACUAUACUGCAAUUGCUGGCCGUAGGCUGACGGUGACUAGAGAGAGCGAUAUAUUCUGUGCACAAGACAGCCAUAUGGGUAGGAUAUCAAGCGAGAGGUUAGAACAUUACGUUGGAGAGAGAUGCAGCCAGGGCCAGGUCAGUCAGGCUAGGCUAGGCUGCUGUAAUCAGCCGUGAAAGCACAAGCAGGCGCGAUUCCGAACUACAUAGCCGAGAAUCAACGAAUUAUUCCGAUGUUAUUCGAAGUUGACGGAAAUGCACGAAGUCUUGCCGAGCGAACAAAUUCAGCGAUACGGGCAAGCAGUGCGGCCGUUUCUGUCGCGGUUAAGUGACUAAGUAUAUUCAGUUAAUGUGCGUGCUUGUUUCUAUGAAAGGAAAAAGUGCAAAAUUAUCAUCGUCAUCGGAUUAACAUUAGUCGUUCAUGUAAAGAAGAAUUGUUGCGUCGUUUGUCAUUUGAACGACACUGUGUUUGUCCUUGCCUGAACAUUCGUAUACGGACGAAUGAUCAACGACGGGUGUGGUGAUCGUUUUGGGACAAGACCGUGUGACUCGAGAGGUUCGUUUGCAGAAUCGGAUAAUAUGUACUGAUGAGACAUCAAAGGUAAGAAUUGUGUGUGGCACUGGGAGAGGGUGUUGGCAGAAUCAAAUUUAUUUUUUUUCGAGAGAAAAAAUAUAAUGCACAACCAAGUGCUGUGGAAGUGAAGAUUGACUUUCUCAGAGCCGGUGUGGCAUCGGUUCGCCGAUCGCACCCGGGGCCUAUCCGGGCCACAAAUGCGUCGCGUGAUCACGUCAACUCUUGUGCUUUACAAAACUAUGUUAAAUUUGUGUCGUUCUCGACAUUGGAAUUAUUGUGAUAAAUUUUUAAGUGUAUAAAUUAUUGUUAAGCUUAAUUUAGUUUAAUACACCUCUAGUGACACGUUUCAAGCCCUUGAAAGGACUUUCGUGGAGAAAUAUGAUUUUCAUUUGUGAAUAGAAGUACAUUGCCGUAGCCGUCGGGUCAGGCAACUGUGAUCACCUGACAGUUUUUCUUCAAGGUUUCGCGAGUGUAUAAGAAGAAAAAGAAAAAAAAACCAAGUUACUAUUUGUUUUUACAGUUGAAUAUAAAUAAAAGAACUUAUUUUUGAGUGCCAUUUAAUGAAACACGUUCCUGGGUCAUUGGAUAUAGAGGUUAGACCCAAUUUUUGAUUUUUAUCAAAGUGCCGGUUUAUAUUUUGUGUUAUAUAUUGGAUAUAUCAACAACAUUUGUUGGAAGACGACCUGUUUUGUGUUGAAAACUUUAAAAAGGAUAUACAUAAAGAUGCAGGUGGCAACGCUCUUCAGGGAAAGCGCCAAUCUACUUGGUGCUUCGAGUUUGGAUCCCCCACAAACACACCACCAGACUCUACAACAACAACAGAUGCAACAACAAUCCGUUGACAUGCACAUGAAUCAUCACAUGCAACAUCAUUACAAAAUGUACCCUUCUCCAGUUCACAACGGUGGACAAAACGGACCGACAAUGAACUGUGGAGGAUCACAAGAUUUGGCAUUGAACCAGUUUGACCCACUUUUUAAUUAUUUAGGUGUAUUGGUGAAACAAGAAGCUGGAGAUGACGGUUAUGAGACGAGUCCAGAUCUUGAAAUGAGAAGUACUGGUGGUGACAGUAGCCAACAGUAUCAUACACCUCUAACACCACAUACACCACACACGCCACAUACACCUCAUACACCACUUACACCUAUAUCAGCAACACCGCACCAACCCCAGCAACCUGGUUCGACCGCCGCUCUUGGUCAGGUGGGAAUAAAAUGUGAGACACCAGUGGAUCCUUAUUCGUUUGUUGAUGAGGAAAUGUCAAUGGGUGGCAUAAGAACGGCAAGUAGUCCAGGAAUAAAUCCCGAUCCUAUGGCGUGUCCUGGAGGUACGCCGCCAGGUUUAGGAACUCGGACAGCAACGCCGCCAUGUUCCUUAUCGAAUCAACAUCAAAUGAAUUUAUUAAUGAACGGUGCUGUGAAUUCGCAAUUAGUUCAUCAACCGAAAAAACGCGGUCGAAAGAAAAAAUCUGAAAUGAUUUUAACGCCAGAAGAAGCGGAACUAGCAGAAGCUAAAAAGAAAGCCAAGACGUAUAAGGAGAGGAAGAAGCACGAUAGAUUCGAUGGAAUGCCGGAAGAGGAAGUUAGCAAACGUGUGUUACCGGAUCACCUUACCAAUAAUCUCGACAUCAUCAUAAUUGGUAUCAAUCCGGGUCUCUUUGCCGCCUAUAAAGGACAUCAUUACGCUGGACCAGGAAAUCAUUUCUGGAAAUGUCUACAUUUAAGUGGUUUAACUUCUGAACCUCUAACGGCAGACGAUGAUUACAAACUUCUACGUCUUGGCAUUGGCUUCACAAAUAUGGUAGCACGUGCUACAAAAGGCAGUGCAGACCUCACAAGAAAAGAAAUAAAAGAAGGGAGUCACAUUUUACUAGAAAAGUUACGAAAGUACAAGCCUAAGAUUGCCGUGUUUAAUGGUAAACUUAUUUAUGAAGUUUUUUCCGGUAAAAAGGAAUUUGGAUUUGGAAGGCAACCUAGUCUUGUCGAUGGAACAAAUACCUAUAUGUGGGUAAUGCCUUCAAGUAGCGCAAGAUGUGCACAAUUACCAAGGGCCGCUGAUAAAGUUCCAUAUUAUGCUGCAUUGAAAAAAUUUCGGGAUUAUUUGAAUGGAACAAUUCCACAUCUCGAUGAAUCUGACAUUGUUUUUGCCGAUUCAAAAUUAAAGAAAAAAGAAAUAGAAGGAGUUGAUGAUAAAAAAUCAAUGUUCACCGAUGAUUCAACAGUUGAUGGUGAAAAUAGAAUUGCAGACUUAAAUAGUGGAAUGAUGAAACACGAGUCUGGUUUGAUUCCCGGCAAGAAGAAACGUGGUAGACCAAAGAAAAUAAAAAAUCCCGAGGAUCAACCUCAGCCUGAUUGUGAAAAAAAUGAUCCCAGUGGUGAAGUGAUAAAAAAGCGACGCGGUCGACCUAAGAAAAUACAUCAACAACAAAAACAACAGGAAUUAGAAGUCAAAGAAAGAGAACAUCAUCAUCAUCACCAUCAUCAUCAUCAUCAACAGCAUCAAGUGAUGUCACAUCUUAACGAUGGUUAUGGAAAUGCGAUAUCAAAUUGUUUCUCACCGCCUCUAAUGUCGCCGCCAAAGCCAUUUGCUCACAUGGCACCAUAUUCGCAAUCAAUGAACGAACCGAGUUAUUUUGGCCAGGGCAUGAAUGACAGUCCAUAUGGCAUGAAUCCGAAGCACAGUCCCGUCCAUUUACAACAUUAUAGCCAAAGUCCAAAAUCCAUGUCCCUUUCAUUUACACAUUCGGAUCUCUCGUCGGAAAUCAAUACAGCAAUAUCAUCCGAAAAUAAUCUCGAACCAUCGCCAUUGACAUCGCCAAGUGUCGAGCAUCCUGAUUUUGAGCCACCAAGCAGUAUUUCUCAACAAAAUAUGAGCAAUGGACCAGGUUCAUAUAAUCCAGCAGUGAAUGGUGACAGCGGUCAUCACAGUAGUCCAGGAACUCCAUCGCAUUCAAGCUACACGAGUUACAUGAGCUAUCAUGAUCAGACGCCCGAAGCACAUAAUCCACAUCCCACACCAACGCCUUUGAGCCAAACUGGUGACGAGCACUCUCAUCAUUCUCAUCCAACGCCACCUCACAAUCAUCCCCAUACACCGACUCACUCUUCCAUGUCGCCACAUCAUCAUCCUCAUGAGCAAUAUACAAUGAAGAGAAACGGAAACCAGGAUGUCGCCUCAAAGAGUCUCAGUGAUUUAGAGUCUCUCGUUGAUCAAAUUCCAAGCAUAACUGACGGCGGUGGUCAACGACUACAACAUGGACAUCAAGGCAUACCUGACGAAUCACUCGCCGAUAAAAUGGAUUCCCAACAUCAAUCCUAUCUCUCAAAUUACGUUAAUGGCAAUAUGUCGAAUUACAGUCCACCUCUGCCACCAAGUGGCAAUGUAUAUCCUAGUCCUUUACAUCAUUCGCCAAGUGAUAAUUAUGGUUCACUUUAUGGAAUGAAUAAUCGUGAACCACAUCAUCAACAACAGCAACAACACAGUAAAUCCUAUACUGUGGAAAAUCUUGCAUCAAGUAAUUAUACACCAAGUGCAAAUCAUCCGGGUAAUUCAUAUCCAAACAUUAUACCAAGCCCCCAUUAUCCAGUACCAAUGGGAUCGCCCAAUAGUUACCUUUUCAGUGGAUUAGAUUCUAGUCUGAUGCAACGUACUUAUGGAAUGGGUGGCAUGAGCGGAAUGGGCGGUAUGCAUCCCUCUCUUGGACACAUGUCCAAUCCUUAUUCAUACAAUGGUUCGUAUUCAAGUUCAUUUGAUGCUUAUCCAACUCCUCCAGCGGGAAUUCAUGCACCUAGUGCAAAUUAUGCAAGUUACGCGGCUCCCGGUACACCCGGACCAGGUAGUUCCACGCCACCGUCUUACCUUCCAUCACAUCAUAGACCACCUGUUGACCUUAGUUACGAUGGUGUAUGAUAGACAGUGUAAAAGAAAAAAAAAAAAAUUUAACCAAAAUGCUAUUCCAUGGAAGUAUAAUCUUUUCUACGUAUUUUUACACGUUGAACUAUGUUUCGCGCGUCUAUCGCUCUGGACGUGCGAAAAAAAAAUGGUGGUGCGCGUAACUUGUGAAUAGAAAAAAAAAAAAAAAAAUGAGGAAAAGAAACAAAAAAAAAAACAUUGAGCUAGAAAACGCCGCUAUUUCUUUUUGUCUCAUUUAAAUAUAAGUGUGUAAUAUUAUAUAUAAAUAGUAUAUAUAUAUAUAUAUAAAUAUAUUUCGAAUUUUCAGUAGUCUCGAAUCAAGUUGCAAUAUAUUCGAACGGAAAUAAAUAUCUGUAUUUCGUUGAAUAGAAAUCUAUUUAGAUAGAUUUUCAGGUUUAAGGCUUCGCACUCAGACUUCAAGUCUACGAAUGAAUCAUUUUUAGAAAAAAUUAGGUAAUAUGUUAUUUUUUCUAUGUUUAAGGAAACAUUCUUUUCUUUGAAGCAUUUUGCUUAUUUCACAAUUUAUUUAAUGGUUAUUCAAGAAGAUACCUUUUAUAUGGUAUUUUUAGGGGACGCUGGAUUAUCCCACAAAUUAUUAGUUUGAAUUUCUAUUUACAAUUUUAUAAAUUCGAAUUUUCAUGCUAAAGAAUGUUUUGUAUUUAAUGAAAUUUCAAAUUUUAGAAAAAAUGGCAAAUUUUUUUUAGUGGAAAUUUUAUUAUAAAUGAAAAUUCAAUAAACGAGAGAAACUGACAUAUAAAAAUUCUGUUAAAGAAGAAUUUGGUUUAAUAUAAAUAUUCUAUUUAAUAAAAUUCGAAUAAAUAGAAAUGAAUGAAUAAAUUUCAAAAUACAAGAAAUUCAAACUAAUAAACUUAAAAGUAUUUGCAUUUUUUUUUUAGUAUUUUUUUCUUAAAACUGCUAACAAGAAACUCGAUUAUUUUGCAAAUAUUUCAAUUUUUGAAUUUUUUUGAAUUUGAAUUCUAUUUGUAAUUUUUAUUUAAAUACAAAUAAUCUCAACCAAAAAACAAUUUUAUACAGAAAAAAAGAAAAUAAUAACAUGAAUUAAUUUUAAUAUAUUAUUUAUUAUCACGAUUUUUUAAAAUUAAUUUUUAAAAUAUCGAGAUUAAAUAUUAUAUCACUAAAAUUAUGCAUGUUUAAUUAAAAAAAUAUUCUGAGACUUGAAGUGUGAGGAAUUUUAAUUUUUGAAUUAAUGCCGCCUUCGGUUUAGGAAUUUCUUCCAAUUAAUUUCUUUUUUUUUGUUUUUUUUUUAUAAUAUAUAAAUCGAAAUUGUGGAGGAAAAAAAAGUUUUGAAUUAGCUGAAUGAUAGGCAACGAAAUAUCAUUUAUUUCAUCGAUAUUUAAAAUAUAAACCAAUAAAGACAUAAAAUUAAAUAUCUAAGGCAGUAAUUAAGAACGUAUGGGCUGUUUAUUAAUCGGCAUAUAUUCAUAUAUUUGUGUUUCGUGAAUUUUUUUAUGUUCCAAAAAAAAAAAAAGAAAUGGACGCAAAUUAUUUCACUGAUACAAUUUUUUGAAAGAAACCGUGAUAUUAAUUUUAUAUUUAAAAUCCACUGCGAUAUUUAAAAGAAAAAAUUUUUAAUCUAUGUUUUUAAUAGUUAAUGAAAGAUUAUUAUUAUUAACAAUUGUUUUGUCUUGAAAAAUUGAUUUAUUUGGUUACUAACCAAAAGCUUAACUUUGAUGAUUAGUUUAUCUUAUAAGAAAUUUAUUGUUUGUAUAACUAUACUAAAUUUUAAAUUUGAAAAUAAUAUACAUAUAGUAGUUUUGUGCUCGUAAUUUCGUAAAAAAAAAAAAAAAAAACGUGACACAAAGUUACUGCUUGUUCAAUUGUUAUUAUUCAAUUCUUUAUUAAUGUAGUGAUAAUUAUUGUCAAACUUGGUAGAAUAUAUAACAAAUUAUUUUUAAAAAAAUAAUCAAUAUCAUUUUGUUAAUUAAUGAUUGUAGACAAUGAUUUUUUUUGUAUAUGUUUAGCAAGUUAAUCUUAUAUUAUUUGGAGUUAUCUUGAGCUAAAAAUAAAAAAAAAAAUUUUAUUGAAAAAAGUAAAAGAACAAUUAUGCGUCUUCCCGAAAACGCCACUGCCAAAAUCAACCCAUGCGUUCACACAUCGAGGUCUGAUUGGUCUUUAAUUGCAUUGAAUUUGCGACUUCGUUCAAUAGAAUACAGAAAAAAGAAAAAUUGUUUUUAAUAAUUCAGCUAAACAUUUUCUGCAAUAUAUAUAUAUAUUUUUUUUUAAAGAGGCAUUUAUUUUUUUCUGAUUGAAAAUUUUUUAUUUUUCUUUAUUCUUUUUUUUGUAGAAGCAAAUACUGAAGUUGUAACUUCAAUUUUUAUUAAUGACUGAUAUUGCAAUUGAUUAAUGAUUUUUGGUGCAUGUUAGAUAGAGACAUAUAUGCCAAAUUCAGGUGAUUGCGUAAAUUGUAAUUUUCAAUGGAAUAAUCAUUGUACCCUGUCAUGUGCAACUUAGGGGUUUCUCAAUGAUGAUAAAUUGAAAAAUCUUCUUUUUCAUUUUGUGCAAAUUUUCAAAGUCACAUUGUAAUUUUAUAAAUAACACGAGUUGUCGUUGCUUCACAUAUAUUUUAAUUUAACAUUUAUUAUUAUUAUUAUAAGCUUUUUGAGAAUGAAGAAAAUCAGAGAGUCUUUUUUUUUAAACGUAAUUUAAUUUCUAAAUUUAAAUUUUUGCAGAAAAUGUUGAGCUUAUUAUUUUCAGAUAUUUAAAAAAAAAAAAAAUAAACACUUAUUCUAUUUGUACUUUCUGUAAUUUUCUUUUCGUUCUUCAAUGCGGCGUUUAGGCGGCAAUACAACCUCGCGAUGUAAUUUAAGUCUGUUGACAUGUUAAAUUUACCUAAACGUAAUUGUUUUUUUUUUCUAACUAGUCGACAAACUGUAAAUGCAGUUUUGAACUUACGGUGCUCUUUUUAAGCGCGAUGUAUCACGCUGUGAAUGUUACUAUGCAUGAUAAACGAUCGGUUUUAAAUAUUCUUUCUCUAUAUACAAAAAAAUAAGUGAUCUGAAAUAAUCAGGCUUUCAUAAAAACUUGUAUAUCUUAUCUAGAUAAAGAUAGGAAAUCUGUCAAAAUGUUUAAGCGAAACAAAAAUAAAUAAAUAAAGAUAUCUGAAAUACAAAAGAUGUCAUAUAUUUAAAGAUAUUAUAGAAUUAGAAAAGCGGACUCUAAAUACACCGUUCAACGAAAAUACCUACAAUUGUUUCAAAUAACCCGUGUUGCAAAAUAGAAAACUUUGUGCUGUAAAAAAAAAAAAACGAAUCCAGUGUACAUUGUAAAAAUUAUAGAACAAUUUUACGUAUACAACCAUCAAAGUUGAACGAAAAAAAAAGAAAACACGUUUUUAUCGUUGUUAAUGUUAAUUUUACCAGAAUUAUAAUUUCGUUCAAACUAAGGGCAAUUAAAAAAAUAAAUAAACUACCAGUAAUAAUGAUAAAAAAAAAAAUAUAUGAAAAAUAGUAAGUAAAAUCGUUGUAAAUUUUUAACAAUAAUUUCUAAUAUUGUAUAUGAGAAUCAGGAUAAAAUAAUUUAUCACGUUUUUCUUCAUUACAAUUUUAAAUAUUAAGUAUUAAAAAAAAACAAAAAAAAUUCUAAUAAUGUUACCGACAGAUUUCGAGUGCCAUGAUAAAAAAAAAAAGAAUAAUAUCGUGGCCGUGAAUUCAGAUUUGUAAAACAAUUGUUUUAUUAAAUCUUAAACAUAAUAUGUUUUAAAAAUCAUUCAUUAUUCACAUCAUGUACUUAGCUGAUAUUAUUAAGUUACCUUUCGUCAAGUUAAAAGUUUAUAAAAUUUAUUUAGUACACUAAGUAAUAUAUUGACAAUUUAAUUUCCUAUAGACACUGAAAUGGAAAAAAAAAAUAAUAAUAUUAUAGAAUUUGAUAACGAAUAUGUAACGAGCAGCAUCAAAAAAAGAAUAUUCAAUACUCACAUUUGCAUUUUGAUUCUUCAUUAUUAUACAAUAACUCGUAGACAUACCCGUGAUAUAGAUAAUCAGUAUUAUAUACCAACCGAUUGGAAUAAUCAGAUUUCUUACUUAAAAAAAAAAAAUAAAUAAAUAAUUCCUGCAUCGUGAAAAAGUGGUGGCAAAGUAGAGUCCGCAAAUAAAAAUACUUUUCCAAAGAAGUUGAGAAAAAAAUUUUAAUAUUGGUAAUGUGUGAAAUUGUAAUAAUAAUACUUAUAUUAUAUGAACCGAUCGAAAAUACCGCGGCGUGUACACUGAACGCUCGCUCACCAUUACACGUGCAAUAACGUCUCGAGUUAAAUGAAAAAAAAAAAAAAAUUUAAUGUAAUUAUAAAUUUAGAAAAAAAAAGUACGCAACUAGGCGAUAUGCCUACGUCCGAAUGGGAAGGAGUAUGUGAGUGUUUUCUUUUUUUUCCAUUGAAUGUGAAUUUUUGGAGUGAUAAUUUUCAGCAAAAAAAAAAAAAAAAAAAAAAGAAA